GUCCUUUCUACUUCAUAAAAUACAAAAAGGAAAGCAGAUUAAGCGCGGAAAACUCCUCUUUCCUUCUUUUUUUCUCUCUCUGCUGUGAUUCAUUCAAGACUUCAUUUUCAACCUCCAUUCUUUUGCAAACCAUUCUUACUUUUCUAUAUUUAUUAACAGGUGAAGGUUCCAUUGUCAACUACUCCUUUGGUUUGAUCUUGUUCUUUAGGAUAUAAAUUAUACAAUGACUUCUUCAUCGGUCAAUUCAAAGAGUUCUUUUAGAGGAUCAGAAUCAAGAAAGUCCGGUUCAUGGUGGUGGGACAGUCAUAUUGGGAGGAACGCGAGAUGGCUUGCGGAAAAUUUAGAGGAGAUGGAUCGACAUUACAAACAUAUGCUAAAGUUGAUUCAAGGAGAUGGAGACUCGUUAGCUAAGAAGGCCGACAUGUAUUAUCAGAAAAGGCCUGAAUUAAUAUCUCAUGUAGAGGAGUUCUACCGGAUGUACAAAUCACUGGCUGAGCGUUAUGAACAUCUAACCGGGGAAGUGAGGAAGAACAUUCCACCGGACUUGCAAUCACAAGGGUCUGUCGGAUCUGACGCCAGUGCUGAUGUGAUUUCUUUCUGGUCACCUCAGGAGUCAAAGAUUAGUCACCGUAAAACUGGUCCUCGAGCUGCUGGUUUUGAAUUUUUUCUUGGCCCUAAGAAAAGUAAUGUCGAUCAUUCUGCAAAAGGAGACGAAACGCCUUCAAUAUCUGAUUCUGAGACAGAAUACUCGGAAUCUGAUGUGUCUUCGAUGUACAGUUAUCCUGGUACAUCGGUAAAUACAGGCGAAGAUGAACUGCAUGCUAAAUCUUUGGAAUCAGAAACAGAGAGUUGUGAUGUGGAGAAGUCACCGCUGCAGCUGCAAGAAAAUCGUAAUGCGUUGAGGAAAAUAAGUAGCGGCAAUGUCGAUUAUGUGCAUCCGAAGAUUGUAGAUUAUGAAGAAGAGCUAAGAAUGGCGAAUGAAAAAAUCCGCUUGUUAGAAGAAGAGAUUGCUAAUUCGAAAACCGAGCUUCAAAAGUUUACGUUAUCAGAGUCCUCCAGUAACUCGGUGUUGGAGGACCCCGAUGUUGAAAGUAUGCUAGAACUGGAUGUUUCUCGAUCACAACAUAAAAUCCGGGCAAUGUGUGAAGAAUUGAGAAUCACAAAUAGGAGACUCGAAGUAUUGGAUAAAGAGGUGACACAAUUAAGAAAAGAAAACCGGGAUUCAUCAGAAAAUAUACGGAAAAUGCAGGAUCUGCUCAGAAUAGCUCAGAAGGACGCUGCAAUAUGGAAAGCGAAGAUUGAGUCUGAAAAACGACAGUCAGGCAAGCUGCAAGAAAGAAUAGCUAGGUAUAAAACCAGUUUAGCAGACCGAGAAAAUGAAGUUCGGGAUUUGAAAGAUGUGAUCUCGGAUGUCAAUCGCAAAUAUCAGCUCCAUGCUGAAAUAUCUAGAUUGACCGAUGAAAAGACUCGUUUGGAGGAGAAACUAAGAGAAUCCGAAGUAAAUUAUCAUUUGCUGGAAACUCAGCUUGGUGCCUUGGAAAGAAAAUUGAAUGAAGAAAAUGAACGGCUUAAGGCAGAAAUUGCCGAGAAGACACAUAGAUUGGAAAUGUCGGAAACUGACCUUGAUGAAUAUAAAUUAAAACACGAGAACUUAUUGAAUGAGAGCGAUAAACUAAACGUCGAAUUAAGUUUAAGAAAUGAUCAAAUUGCGGAAAUGGAAAAGCAUCUGCAACAUUUAGUUGUUGAAAAAGAAGGGACGGGCAAAGUGGUGGCGAAACUGACAGAAAAGGUCGAGAAACAGAAAGUGUUCAUGUUGGAAGUUGCUGAAGGAAAAAGGGAAGUAAUUAGACAGUUGUGCUUCUCCCUCGAGCAUUAUAGGAACGAAUAUCAACAUCUUCGACAAGCCUUCAUAGAUUCCAAGCAGCUUCAUGUCUAUGCAUCCAAAUAGUAUUUCCCGAAACCUCUUUUUGCUUGAGGUUUUCGUAGAUCUAAAAAGGGUGGUUUCCCAUUUCGUUAUUGGUUCAUGUACAUAUAUCAUCAGAGGUCGGUUUUGAAGUUCUUCUAGUUCUUCGUGGACUUAAAAGGAUCGGUGCUUGUCAUGGGCAUGUUGCUUGUUGCUUAUUACGGCCUGCAGCCCUGCAUACAUGACUGCAAUAGAACAUUGUUAUUCUCAGCUUGAUGAAACCCAGUCUUCAGAUAGCGUGCAGACGAAAGUAGUAUUUGCCGGCUUUUUACAGAUAAAAUGUAGAUCUGUCCGCUAUUUCUCCCCUUGGACCCUGACUUUGUACGGGACACUAUGUGAAGAAAAGCUUUGUGUAUUGAGAUUUGUGUUCCGCCGCAAAUAGCAAACCAGCAAUGAAAACCAGUAUAUAUCUAAUUACAAGACUAUGGGCUUAUUAAAUACAAGGGCCCAAACAUAAUACUAAUUGUUGGACCCGCCCCAAAUCCGCCCCUUUUUUAAGGGUCUGGGUCUUAUUUUUUCAGACCCAUCGGAUCCGGAUCUAAAAAAUAAUUGGGGAGUUUGGGUUACUCGGACUCAGACCCUACCUCUAGACUCGGACUCUGAACCCGCCCCCGGACCCAGACCCUUGUAAUUAUUAAAUUGUCUUGCACUGUUUUGUGACUUUUGUCUAUUAAUAUGACUUCUACCCCACCCUAAUAUCCCAUUUAUUUUUGAUUUAUAUCUAUAAUAUAUAAAUAUAUGCUAAUUAGUACAAAAUUAGUAUUAUA